UACAGUGCCCAGGAUUGGUUUAGUCAAAGUGAGAAUUAUAGCAGAAGAAAAAAAAAAACAGAAGAAGCAAAAGGGGAUUUACAAGAGAAGCUUUGUCUGUGGGUAGUAGAUACUGUCAGCUUGAGAGAGAGAGAAAAAGAAAGAAAUGAGGAAAACAUGUUGCGCUUACGCCAUUUGUAGCCUCUCUAGAAGAGAACAGCUCAUUUUACGAACAGUCUGACACUUUCCUACCUGCUUGGAGUUUCACUGGAUUAACUUCUGAAAACAAGACACCAGGCGGAAUAUUAACAUUUAGUCCACUUUUAGGAUUUGUUGCACUGCGUAGUGUGAAUUUUAUCUAUUUGCUUUCGUGGUUUGCAUGUCAUCUGAUGGAUGGCUUUGACUAUAUUUAUCUACCUAUUUUUUAAGUAGUUUCGAUCGUCUGUCAUAGAUACAAACCAGACGGUUGGAAAGAAGUCCUGGAAGUUGUUGUGGUCUUGGUCUGUGUACAGUUUUAUGAAGAAAGGCGUUAGCAGUUUGUUUUACACAUUUUACUGUGUUUUGACGGAGCGAAUCUUGCCAUUAUGUUGGGGAUAUAUGCUGUGAAGAAGAGGAAGAAGCCUGUCCAGAAGAGCCCAAAGCCACCACCUCCUGAAGGAGCAAAAUCCAACCCUUCCAAGCGGCACCGUGACCGACUCAAUGCUGAACUGGAUAAAUUAACAAGUUUGCUGCCUUAUUCUGAAGAUGUACGUUCCAGACUGGACAAACUCUCUGUACUUCGUCUCAGCGUUGGAUACCUUAAAGUCAAGAGUUUCUUCAAUGCUACUCUGCAGAAAAACCACUCAAGCUGGCUGGAGGACAAACCAGUGAAGUUUGGAGGAAACGGACUUGUCAAUGGAGGAACAUUGUCAGAGGGCGAGCUGCUUUUACAGGCCCUGAAUGGAUUUGUCCUGGUUGUGACAGCAGAUGGCCAAGUUUUCUAUGCUUCAGCUACUAUUCAGGAUUACCUUGGCUUCCAUCAGUCUGAUGUCAUCCACCAGAGUGUGUUUGAACUGAUCCACACAGACGACCGGGACGGUUUUAGGCACAAUCUUCACUGGGCACUGAAUCCUCCACCUUUCAAGGAAAAUGAGUCUGGAACUGAUGUCUGUUCUGUGAAUGCAGCCCACUGCAGCAGUGUCAUCACCUAUGAUCCACAACAUUUGCCUCCUGAGAAUUCUUCCUUUCUUGAAAGAAACUUUGUGUCUCGAUUUCGGUGCCUCCUGGACAAUUCUUCUGGUUUUCUGGCACUCAACUUUCAGGGGCGGUUGAAAUUCCUCCAUGGACAGAAUAAGAGAGCAGAAGAUGGGACACUCUUACCACCUCAGCUUGCUCUGUUCGCUGUUGCCACUCCACUUCUGCCUCCGUCCAUCCUAGAGCUCAGAACUAAGACUCUUCUUUUCCAGACAAAGCACAAACUCGACUUUACUCCUAUGGGUUGUGAUGCAAGAGGAAAAGUUGUCCUGGGCUAUACUGAGGCAGAGCUGUGUUUGCGAGGCACUGGAUACCAGUUUAUCCAUGCAGCUGAUAUGAUGUACUGUGCAGAGAACCACAUCCGAAUGAUAAAGACUGGAGAGAGUGGGAUGACUGUGUUCAGACUGCUUUCUAAACAGUCUGGCUGGAUCUGGGUCCAGGCAAAUGCCCGAUUGGUUUACAAAGGAGGCCGUCCAGACUGCAUCAUUGCUAGGCAGCGUGCUCUUACGAAUGAAGAAGGAGAGGAACAUUUACGCAAACGAGCUUUACAGUUGCCUUUCAGCUUCACCACUGGAGAAGCAGUGCUGUAUGAGAGCAGUUCACCAACAUCAGGAUAUUCUGACUGCUUCUCAGGUCCAUCUAAACCUUCUAAAGACAAGGAUAUGACAUCUGGACCUCAGAAGCCUGUAGAUCCAAGUUCAAUCCUGGGUGCCAUGAUUAAACAAGAUGAGUUGAUCAUUGUAUCCCAUCCAGAUACUGAACCCAGAUUUUCAUUCAGUAAAGCACAGAUGAGUAGUGCUGGAGUUGUAGGUGUCCCAGCAGACAACUGGUCAUCAGGAAAGGACGGAAUAAAAGACAAAAAUGAUCCUCUGAAUGAUCUGUUGGAACUGCUUUUAACAAAGAAUGGAGAGAAUGGGGAUAUCACCUCAACUUUUGAACAACUUGAGCUUUCUGAUCUCGACUUGCAGCAGCUGGAAGAUUACUUAAAAGCAGAUGAUGACCAUCAGCUUCCUUCUGAUCUGAGUGAUAUUCUAAAUAAUGAUGUUUUGUCUUAUGUGGAAGAUAUACUGUGCAAAGAAAACAGCAUGCCGGAGUCACCAUUCCAACAGAUGAGCAUGCAGCCUUCACAGAAUGUCACUGCAUCAGUCCAGCAACUUCCCUGGAGAACUGUACACCAAGAACUCACAGAAACAGGUUUACAAAAUCCUUAUUUAGCUGGCUUGCAGGAGAGUGUUCGGAGUGAUCCUGGUAAUAUGCCUGCUGCAAACUGUAAACCUUCACACAGUCUUCCAAGAAAACUAACCCCAGGGGUAAUGCCAGAUAGAUAUCAGAAAUCCAUGCAGCCUGUUCAGCAAAGCCAGCUGGAGUCCAGUCAACCAAAUCUGUUAGGCAUGGGAACAAUCAAGCAUAGUGUACCUAGCAGUUCGAGCCACAUACUACAAGAGAUGCAGAGUCCAUUAGGACAGCACACAAGCUCUAAUAAUCAUAUGCCUGCAGAGUUUACCUUUACAAACCAGAUGCAUUAUGGUCUGCCUGAAAUGGGACCCAGCCCUCUGAAAAUGUUGAAAUUUUCUGAAAAUUCCAUUGGUGUCGCACCUCAAAAUCAAACAUCACAAAGAGCAGCUGUAUUGUCAUCUCAGACUCCAAACACUAAUUUGCAAGAUUCUGUAUAUCUGAGGCCUCACGGCCUAGUACAUUCAAAAUAUCAGGACACUGUGUUGCCCACACUUCAGAGUGUAACGGACACAAAUCAAAAUAGUUUGCAAAAAAAUCACUCAAACUUGUGGAACUCUGGUACCCUCAAACAGUUUGUGAGCACCUCUCAAAACUUGGCUAGACAUGUUCAGCAAAAAUCAGUGCCAUUUCCCUUACAAAUUCAGCCAGGAAAGAGUCAGAAUUCUUUGGCUGAUACAAAUGUUGUCUCUGAUUCACUUAACCACUGGUUUUCACCAAUGCAGGACUCUGCUUUCACUGAAAAUAAGUGCCUGUCAAAGUUGCCUUCCGCACAGAAUUUGAACCAAAGCCUUCAGCACUCCCAGAUGCAAAAAUCUGUCAAUUCAAGACUUAUUCAUGCAUCAGGAAACAAAUCUUAUGCUGCAAAAGUAGCAUCCAUACAACAGGAACCAUCAGCCAUGGCAAAUCACCACGGUCAGCAGCAGCAACAUGACUGUCAAAGUGGACAUCAGUAUGCAUUGCAGCAGCAACUAGAAACACAGUUGUACCCCCAGGUCACGACCCAGAGAGAUGAAGGGCAGUUCAGUCAGCGACAUUCUGCCAGUAAUCAUUUGGAGAAAAGCAAUAGACUUCAGAUGAACCCCAGUAUGGGAGCUGACUCAGUAGACAGUGUGUACCAAAAUUCCUUGGUAAACAUGGUAUCAUCCAGUUCCACAGCUACUCCAAAUUAUAUGUUCUCCUCCUGUGAUUUUGAGAACAGUGAUUCCACUUUCUUAAAUGAAACAUUUCCCCUUGAUUGUCCUUCAUUGUCUCUCCCUGUUGGGCAACAAAUGAAACCUGCCACCAAUCAAAGCAUUCAGCAGGCAGCCUGCUAUUUUGAGGGUAGAUCUCAGCAUCCCAUGAUGAGCUCUUCACUUAUGCCUCAAACAGAGGCUGGCAUCAACACCUCCUUGUGGUCAUUUGAACCCAGUAUUCCUCCUCUAGCACUAACAGAUGGACAAUUAAGUAGACCGCUACUGAACUACAAUGGUCAGCUAAAGCAAGUAUGCCCAAGUGAAGACAGUGCAGCUGUGACUUUCGCCAUUGAUGCCAACCUUCCAAAUGAGACUGCUUACUUUCCAGAUGGCACAGGACAAGUCAGUUUCACUUGAACUGAGUCUAAAAGAUGUAGUGUGAGAAUUAACAUAUAUCGCUGUACAAGUUUAUCUUCAUUUGUCUAUGUAUCAUAGACAUACAGUCGAUUGUCUAUUCAGAACGCAGUUACAUUGAUGUGAAGAUUUCAAACUAGAGCAGUAUCAUUGUUUUUUUUACUUUCUGCCUGCUUUCAGAUGCCCUCCUUUGGAUUUCAUGACUGGUAUAUGUGGUUGUACCAGUGCAACUGCAUUUAUUUGAAGGAGGUGGAUGUUUGGAGGACUGCAUGUAUGGCUUAACUGUGGACUUGCCCUCCAUUUAGUUGGUGAAAGUAAUACCAUGGUUCCUGGAAGUAUUUUAGUAUUUCAGAAGCUUAGCAUUGUCAAUUAAUGGCACUGACAGCUUUCUCUGGCUUUUAUUCCUGGCAGAUGCCUAACGCAGCUCAUCAAGCACUUGAACUGGACUAUGGAAUUUGUUAAAUCACACUGUUAAUAGCAGCUCUUACUGUGAGAAAAAGUCACCGAAAGACUGGUAAACUUUUAUAGUGGGCCUGAAGGUGCAGGCAGAAUUCUUUCUUGGAAUACAGUUAAUUAGUAACUGCUCCUCCUACUGAGAUGACAGUUCUGAACCCAAAAGCUUUGGGAUGACUAUGCUUACGUCUUGUUUUUAUACUGUACCAUUAGAAGUGGUGUCUGUUAAAACCUUAGAAAAACAAAACAUGGCCAACAUUUGUCUUUUUUGGAGUUUCCAGUGUACAUGAUGGUGUCCUAGGUGUACAUUUAUUCAGUGUGGAGAGAAUUAUGUAAAAAGUUUUCAUGUGCUCCAGCGAAGCUGCUUCAUGUGUUCUCUUGCACCCCCCUCACCCCAUAGUCAUUGACUCUAAAUGUCCAAAGUGUUGAAGCCAUGAAGGUCUCAGGUUGGUACUGGUCAUGGAUCAAAUACCUAGCCUAUUCCGGAUAUAUGUUGCCUGCAUUUGCCUUUUGCAGUAACAGCACAUGGCUAGCUGUGUCAGCCAGAUCAAGGAAUUCUGCAAAGUAAGCGUCUUUCAAGAACUUUCAAGAUAAGGAGUAUAUUUACAUUAGGCCUUUAUCCUGAAGUAUAUAAUGUGAGAGCAUCUGUUAUAUUACAGACACAAUAUGGGAACAGUCUAAAAUUCAGACUGUGUACCAUAUCACUGUCAAAGAAUCUUUGCUUUAUUUUCAAACGCACUGUGUAAUAUGUAUAUGUGUGUGUGUG